AUGAUGGAUCGACGUAGGCGCCAGGCCACGAAAGAAGAACUAGAGCAAGGCCAAAAAGAAAUGAAGGCCGCUGAAGCUCGCAUGAAGCGGGAGGCUCGUGAGCGUGGGGAGUUGCCCAUAGAAGAUGGGAAGGUGGAAAAGGGUGGAAAAGGUGUCUCCAAAGUAGAAGAUGGGGUCUCCACACGAUCUCCAACCACCACCCUACAGCACACCACCUCGCACUCGAAAGCAGCAGCGGUCACACCGGCCAUCGAAGAAGCUCCAGGUUCGGCACGACCUAACAAGGAAGAUGUCCACUCCAGGACUCCAAAAGUUUUUGGACCAAAGGGUCAUGAGAAAAAGGAAGUGAAGGGUGAAGAAGUUGAAGAAAGGAAAGAAGCGACUGGGCAUGGAAUGGUUGGGCUGGGUCACCAUGGAAGGACACCAGAGCCACCUACAGCUCCAGAGCUCCCUUUGUUCACUCCAGAACAAUUGGAGUCCCUACGACAGGUGCAAGCACAAGCUCCUUGGUUGUAUGCCAGAUUUGAGAUGCCUCAAACUGCACCUCCAGUGGUGGCCCCACAAAGGCCAACUCUUUUGGCCCAUGAAGUGAAAAGAGAAGAAAUGGAAAGCCGAAGCUCGCAAGAGUUGAUCGCCUAUGACCCCUCAAGAGAAAUGUAUGAAAGGGAUGAAUUGAUGAAGCACCUCCAACAAGUCAUCUUUGAAAAUGGCCUGUUAAAAGAAGAAGCCAAAAGAAGGAUUCGAGAAGAUUCCAUGAAGCCACCAACAGGGUUUCACGAAACGCAGGUCCAUGUCCUACUGGAGGAGAAUCAUCGGCUACAAAAUGAACUCCGUCGCCUCAACCUCCUCAACUCUCAGGCCAAAGAAGAUGAACAGGUCUUCGCUACUCCGAAUGGAAGCUCAGGCCAUGAGGAGACCGGGGGAAGAGGACGGGGUAAGAAAAAGACACCCACCGAAGACAUCGCUCGCCUUCAACCAGAAGAGAAAGAUGAAAGAGAAGAAGAAGAAAGAGAAGCUUGCGAGAAAGGUGGAUCGACUGGCAAAGGAAGAGGGUCAAAGAAAAAGGAACCCAACCCUGAAGAUGACACAGUCCAUCACCAAACACUUCAGGUGAUCUUGAAGCUGGUGGAGGGCAUGCAGAAGAUCCAGGACAGGAUGUCCAAAGGCUCCAAUGCCGACCACGACAACGACCCGGAGACGGUCAAGCGCAAUGUGGAGCUUCCCAAGCUCCAAGAGUUUAGCUGUGAGUCGGCUCCCAUCGACUUCGCGGACUGGUUGCUGGUUCUGUCCCCGCUGAUGGCAGAUUUGACACCCGCUUCGGAAGAAUGGUGGAAUCUCACGCUGGAACAAGCACGGCAGUGGUAUCAAAACCACCUCACGAAGCUUGAGAAGAGGACAACGGCAUUGCUGCUCUCUGCAAUUCCGGAGUCGCUGAGGGAGGAGGUGGUUUCGAGCAAGAGCCUGUCGACUUUUGGCAUCUUGGUCAAGGGCAUGAUCGCCUACCAACCAGGCGGAUUGUCGGAGAGGCAAGCCAUCCUCUCGGCUCUCGAGAACCCAAUCGAGGCCACUUCGAUCGGCCAAGCUGUGGUCACUUUGAGAAAGUGGUUGGGGUGGAAGAGAAGGGCGGAGGAAGUCGGGGUAUCGAUCCCAGACCCGACGAUUCUGGCUCGAGGCCUCAGCAAGCUCACAAAGAAGCUGAUCUCAGUUCAUCCAGAACUCCACUUCAGACUGCAGUUGGUUCGAAGUUCGUUGAUGGUUGAUUCAGUUCCAACCCAUGACGCCAUCUCCAAGUACAGUGAGCACCUCUUAGCAGAGCUCGAACAAAUGGGCCACCAAUCUCGCAAGAAGGAGACGCCCACCGAGCUCCCCAAGAUUAAGAAGAUGGAGGACCAUGGCAGGGACACCAAAGAAAAGAAAGAAGGAAAAGAAAGUGAAGAAAGGGAGAAAGGAAAGUGCCGCUUUUACCUGACUGACCAGGGCUGCAGAAGGGGAAAGACAUGCACCUUCUCCCACGACCUCAAGGAUGAGAAGAAGCGCUGCUGGGUGUGUGGUUCAUGCGAACACUUUGCACCAGCAUGUACUCGACCCAAGGACCAAAAGGAUGGGUCACCCAAGCCGAAGAUCGCAAAGGCCGAAAGGGACAAAGGGUCCAAGGCCAAGACUGAAGAAGAAGGAGGUGAUGAAGUUCAGCCUGCCAUCAAGGAGCUGCUUCGUGAAGCAAAUGACAUGCUCAAGGGGAUGAACACGACCCCGUCUCCUUCAUCGGCAGGUUCAAUGGUGUCGGACGAAGAAGACAUCGAACCUAUCAUCCCGAUGGGUUUGCUGACGGACGUCCUUGGCUGCACGGUGACCUGGUCGAAGGAUCAGUUGCAGGUGAAGCAUCCAGCUCGAGGAACACUUCCAGUCGAGCAGAAAGACGGCUGCCUGCAACUUUUGUCGAAACCUGGCACUCGAGCUGAUCGACGAGCUUGA